GGGGCUUUAGAAAGGAUCGGUUGCAGCCUAAAGAUCAGCCAAGCCUGAGGCGUGAGGCAAUCGGCCACCAGGAGGGUGACAAUGAGCUCCGGACAACUCCAGAGUUCAGAGCACACGUUGCAAAGAAACUGGGGACCAUGCUAGACAGUUUCAUCACUGUCUUGAAGGACUCUUCAGGACCAUCCCAGACUUCACUGGCACAGUCUGACUCUGAGGAUGAUGGUUUUCGCCUCUUCUCUUCCUCUGUCCCUGGAGACUGUGGGAAGCCAGAGCCUUGCCCUGCAGCGAGGACGAGGAGGCCAGUUAGCUCCAGUGACACUGACAGUGACCAAGAGUGGCAGAGGUGCCAGGAGGCUGCUGUGUCAGCUGCAGAUAUUCUGAAGCAAAGUGCUUUCCCUGCAUUGUCCCAGGAUCAGAGUCAGGGCUCUGUAGAGCCCAACCAAAAAAAGAAGAAGAAGAAGAAGAAAAUUAGGAGAGAGAAUAAUAUUCAAGAGAAAAUAAUAGACCCAGCAGAGUGUGACCAGAUCUGCAAAGAUUUGCCUCGGCUGGUGUCUGCAAAUGGCCAGCAGGAGAGACAGAACAGCAAUCACAGAGAGAACUCUGUGCUGCCAGGAGCUGUGAAGAAGAAAAAGAAGAAGAAGAAAAAAGAAUGAUGAUUUUGCUCUGCAAACAGCAGGUGGUUGUGAUGGGUGAAGGAAACUGAAAGAAAACCUAACAACAGGAGUUGCUGCAGAUGAGGGAAAAUUAAUUGGCAAAGCGUCUGUUCUGCAAGCUCAGUGGCCUGAGAGACUAAUUAAGGGACUUCCUGUGCUCCUGUGUCCCCGGGGAAGGGAACAUUGUUCUCCUCACACAGCAGUUGGCUGUGCUGCUGCUUAUGCAGGCCCAGUCUGAAAGGAUUAAAUGCUGUGCCAGACGUGCAUGGCAGAGGGAUGUGCUCAGAGCUGCAUUCCUCCUGCUCUGCCCCUUCACAUCUGAAACCCUUCUGCAGAAAGUGUGAGAUGAAUUCAAUUUGGUUUACAUGGCAACAGGUGAUCAACUGCAUUUUCUCUUUGCCUCCUUGUAGACUCCUAAGAAUAGCUCCAGCCUGUGGGAGACUCAUUUAUCAAAAGCAUCCUGUCAGAAAUCAGGGCCCCUCAUUUUUUCCCUGCAAACAUCAUAACAAUCUGUUUUUGAAACCUGCUGUGUUACUAAUCCCUCUGCAAUCUGCACCUCUCCAGGAGCCCUGCACAUGAGCAGUGUGUGAUAUGAUAACUGCAGAGUUCACUGUUGGGCUUUUUGAGUUCUCCCUUCCAGUCUCAAGGUUUUUCAUCCAUUUCACAGACAAACAGCUGUAAGGAAUCUUUAGUGAGAAUAAGCACCAAGAGGUUAAACAGUGGGACAAGCCACCUUGAUAUCACUUUUAGAACACAGACAUAGAAGAUUUUCAGGACCUCGUGAAAGACUUAUUUUCUUCAGCAAGAGACCAGAAAGCCAGCAAAGUGGGAGAAGCCUUCAUUUCCCUGAGGUGGGUUCUGGGUUGCUGCUUUGGACCAGCCCCUGCUCAGGCAGAGGCUCAGAGCUGUGAAGUGCUCAGGACCAUCCCCAGCCCUUUCCUCUGGAGCUGCUGCACACCUCAGUGCAGAGGCAAGAUCUGCUCCGUGCCCAGAGCACCGCGUCCCCUCCCUGCAGGGCGUUAACAAAGCUCUAAUGGAUCCUGACGACUUUGUGUGGCUGAAAACGAAUGAGAAUCCUGAGUCCAUGUAAAAACAUUUGUUUGAAGAAAUGUUCAUUAAUGUAAAGACAACUUCAGCUUCUAAAGAUGUUUUUGGGGUCAUACUCUUAAUAAAGAAUUGUGUUGGUUUUGCACCCAUCACAAGAGCAUUUAAAGAAUGGAUUCCUUAUGCACCCAGAAGUCCUGAUGCUGCUGCUGCUGUUGCCUUGAGGAUCUUCAGCUGUAGAAGCUUUUUUGAGACCAGUGACCUUUGAAGUCUAUAAAACCAGAAAUGCACAUCUGUUUGUAUGAUAGGACCUCCCUGAACGCUACAACUGGAUGCCAUGUGGAGAAUGCUUAGCGGAACAAGGAAACAUUUCAAAUGCUGAGGAGGAGGUAAAUAUUCUCCAUCACUUUAUCAUGAAAGGAUUUUUCCCUUGGUCUAUUGGAAUUGUCCAUUUUAAACUAUAGGAGCCUGGACAAUUAGCAAAAAACCAAAUAAACUUACCCACUUUCAUCUUUCCAUUCAUUGGAACCUGCCAGGCUGUGCUAGUGAUUAGCUCAGCCCCACUUCAGAGCCUCAGUGCAGGAAAACCAGUGAGCUUUUCAGUGUUUCUUAAAUGUUAGAAAUGUUAGUGGUCAGACUGAAAGGGAUUCCUGUUGUGAAUUAGCCAGCAUCCCUAUCCUAUAGCCUGGCACUAAGGAUUGCAAUAUCACAUUUCUCAGAUUUUAUUACAAGUGCAGUUCUGAGGUGAUGAGAGAACAGCAGAGGCCAAGGGUGGAAGCUAGAUUAUAGUUUUAUUGGAGGAAGAGCUCAGUUGCAGAGUGCCAUAAUCAGAAAAUGUUCUUCUGUAGCUGAAUUGUACUCAGGGAUUGUGCCUUGAGGAUGAAUAUUUGAAAUAAAGGGACUUGUGUUUCCUAUAUCCAUUUUUAUCUAUUACCAGUGCUUACUCUAUGUUGAUUUCCUUAAUUGUAACCAUUUCCAGGUUACAACUGAUUGAUUCUCAAGUCACUCUGAUUAAAAUGAUCUUGGGCAUUGUAACAAGGGAAACUUAAAGUUUGAAGACACCAAGAGAUACCUGCUUGUUUUUCUCAUGUUUGCAGUAUUUGGUUUUGUAUUAAUUGUUCCAAAGUAAUUCUCUUCUCCCCUAAUAAAGUGAGUGAAUUACUUAACACUGAAAACACUGCAUGAAAGUAUGAAUGGGUGCACAACAGGAACAUUAUUCUGAUUUUACAUGUACUGGUCUGGAUUCUGCUUAUUGCACUAAAUAAGGGCAAACCCAGAGUAAGGGACUGCAGAGACCUGUGAACCUCAUGGAAGGCAGAAUAGACUCCCAAACCCUCACUCCUGUAUCAACACCAUUUUUACCCCUGAUGUUUUAAUGUACUGAAUUAUAUCUGUUAUGAAGUGUACAUGAUGAAAAAUACAGUAAUUUGCUGGUACAAUGUAGAUUGAAGGAGCAUACAGAGAAGGAAAAAAAGCCUAAAUAUAUUUGUAAUAAAAGUGCUGCUAGAGGGA